GAGUUCCUGGGCGAAGCACCAUGACGUCCGCUUUGGAGAACUACAUCAACCGAACUGUUGCUGUUAUUACUUCUGAUGGAAGAAUGAUUGUGGGAACUCUGAAAGGUUUUGACCAGACCAUUAAUUUGAUUUUGGAUGAAAGUCAUGAGCGAGUGUUCAGCUCUUCACAGGGAGUAGAACAAGUGGUUUUAGGAUUAUACAUUGUGAGAGGUGACAACGUUGCAGUCAUUGGAGAAAUUGAUGAAGAAACAGAUUCUGCACUUGAUCUGGGGAAUAUUCGAGCAGAGCCCCUAAACUCUGUAGCCCAUUAAAGAAAAUCUAUGUGCAUUUGACAUCUGUAAAUCUUUGUACAGAAACAGAUUAUCCUGAGGAAGAUGUGCAGAAUUUUUAUGAACCUGUAAUUGUGGCUUUUGACUCAUUCACUCAUU